UUCUUCUAAAAAUAAUUUUUGCUACGAAUUUAUGAAUCUUUUCUAAAAAUUGUAAUUGUAAAAAUUUUUUUUUUUCUUUGUAUUAUCAAUCUGGAACAAAAUGCAGAAUACGACAUCAUUAUGGGCAGCCGGACGUUCUCGUCGAACGACGACGUGGUCGUUGCGAGUCGAUUGCGAAUCGGCAUCGGGGACGAUUUAACGAGCGGUCCGCCGAAGGGAACGGUGAAGAUCAUGAGUGUGACUUAUGUGUCGAGCAUCGACGAACAUCUCUCGAUACGAAACGAUUCACCUGCAAAUGGAAAGGUCAACGAAAGCAAGGGAGAAGAAGGGAGAGACAGCAAAGGCAGUCCCUUCAAAAUGAAUUGCGGCCGAUUGUUCAAACCGGGUCAGUUGAUCAAGCUACGUUUCCCAUCUAGCUCUCACGUGGUUCAUGGAAUCGAACGCGACGACCUCUAUUAUCGUCGACGCCGUGGCCGCGAUUGGUUCAGAGUCAGUGCGCGAUGUGUCGCCUGUAUUUCAAAUCGUGCGUCGAGCAGCCGAGCGGCGUCGUUGAGAGGACAACAAUGUGUAUCCUCUCGGCAUGGUGGCCGAUGUGACGAUCAACAACCGCUCUCAAUCCACGAAACGACACGAUCGAGACAACUGUUGCUAGGACCAGGUUGCAACGAAGUCGGAAACCAGGAAUGUUCGAAGAAUAGUUCCAUCACCGGCGAGAAAUCGGAAGCGAGGCGUCGUCGUUCGUGGAAGCAACAAAACAACGUGUGGUGCACGUCGUCCUCGAACGCGGUACAAUCGUCGCGUAAACGACGCGUAGGCAUCGUGGAGAAUCAGUACGUCGCGGAGAGCGAUGCCGGCUCGUUGGUAUGCGACUUGGCUCGGCGCUUGGAACGAGUGCUCGGUGAAAAGAACAGCGUCGCCGCGAUGAAGUCGAAGAAGCAACAGAAGAACGCCGUGGCGCGCGCGGUAGACCCGAUAGAGGAGAAUGAAACGUACGACGAGUUCGACACGGUGAGAAUGCCGGUGGUGAGGUCCCUUAGCAAGAGCCCGCAGAGCGACGAGGGCAUCGAGACGGACACGGAUCGUAGAAGAGGAUCGAUGGCACGAUGCUGGAGCCUCGACUCGGCCGCGGCCAGCGACGAGGACACGUCUCUCACCAUUCACCAACAAAAACGGCACAAACUACGGGUUACUAGGUGCUGCAGCUCCGACAGCGCAGUGCUCAGCGACGAGGAUCAAAUAAAAGGAUGGGACAGUACCAGUAUGGUGGAGGGAAGUGAGACUGAGCACAACGAGGGAAGGCCUAGGUACUGGAGAACACCCAGUGUAGUCGUUAGCGAUUACUCCGAUUACUCUUACUUGGAUGAAAAACUGGAGAGGAAUGAUCUUGAUCUUGAAAAGUACGAGGGGACCAGCGGCACUCCCAGCCAAGCAAGCAGCUGCUCUUGCCUGGAUUGCGACGAAAUCCGUGAAUCUCUGGAUACUCAGUUCCUGCAAGUCUGUCGUUCAAGCAGACGACAUUCAGACUCUUGCUGUUUGUGUCCUGAUUCUAUGAACGCUGUCGCUGUAAGAAACUUCAACGAGGCUGGAAACAGGAGAAACUCCUGCCUGGAUUCCACCGACUCCUACUACACCAAGCUCGACGCACAGUUCACACGGUACCCGUCGGAGAACUCGCCAGACUUGCAAGAGAAAACGAAAAUUGGCUUCCUGAACAUUCCACCGGCGCGAAAAAUUUCAGACUGCUCCACCACGUCCAGCCUCAGCGGGGACGAGUCCGACGUCGCUGAGCCGCAAGUGAUUAAGACGUCCAAGUCGUCAGGCUGGAGGAAACUGAGGAAUAUAGUUCACUGGACACCUUUCUUCCAAACCUACAAGAAACAACGGUAUCCGUGGGUACAACUAGCGGGUCAUCAAGGGAACUUCAGAGCGGGGCCCACCCCAGGAACGAUACUGAAGAAACUCUGCCCACAAGAAGAAGCUUGCUUUCGUCUGUUGAUGAACGACAUACUGAGGCCGUACGUUCCGGAGUUCAAGGGUGUUUUGGAUGUAAACGAUACGGAGGAAAGUAACGUUGAGGGCAACGAGGCCGGGGAGACCCUUCAGAAGGACAGCAACAGUGAUAACGUGACCAAGAGGACCAUAGUCUCCUCUUACUUGCAGUUGCAAGAUCUUCUUGGAGAUUUCGAACAUCCGUGUGUGAUGGACUGCAAAGUUGGAGUGAGAACGUACUUGGAAUCGGAGCUCGCGAAAGCCAAAGAAAGACCCAAGUUACGAAAAGACAUGUACGAGAAAAUGGUACAAGUGGAUCCGUCAGCACCGAGCGCCGAGGAACGCCGGGUGCAAGGAGUGACGAAACCAAGGUACAUGGUCUGGCGUGAGACGAUCUCCAGCACGGCCACGCUAGGUUUCCGUGUCGAAGGUAUCAAACUCGCCCACGGAGGCUCGUCGAAGGACUUCAAAACGACGAGGACUCGGGAACAGGUUACGGAGGCGCUGAGACGUUUCGUGGAAGACUAUUCGCACGCCGUGCCCAAGUAUAUCCAACGUCUGAAAGCGAUCAGGACCACGUUGAAGGCAUCCCCGUUUUUUGCCUCGCACGAGGUCGUUGGGUCCAGCUUGUUGUUCGUCCACGAUGCCAAGAACGCUGGCAUCUGGAUGAUUGACUUCGCGAAAACGUUGCCUCUGCCUCAGCACUUGCCGAGGAUCUGUCACGACGCCGAGUGGAAAGUGGGGAAUCACGAGGACGGGUAUCUGAUUGGCGUGAACAAUCUGAUAGACAUAUUCCAAGACAUAUGGAAUUCAGAGGGGACGUAAUACUGUUACGAUCAUUUCCCCUGGAUACAAGUUGACGCUGCGAUGACGAGGAUAUCGAGUUGAUCAUUCUUGAUCUUGCAAAUGUAAAUGCAAAAGCACCUUCUUUGCCCCUUUCUACGGCUCUACCACUUUGUACUUUUGUGAAAUUGUGUACAUAGAUUGACGGAUUUUUUUUGGUACGACGCGAUAUCCUCUCACGAGAAAACGGACCAAAGACACGGCGGCUCUCUGUUGCCGCCUAGGUAUUUCGUAGUUAAGUCUUCCUAUUAACGUAGAGACGACGCGCGAGAGAGAACUUCUGAAAGCAAUAAUUUAAAUGACGUUAAGUAAUAAGUUUUAUUUAUGCGCAACGCUCGCAAGAGUUCUUCUUGAUACAAGAGAAAGAAGAAACGACGAUGUUUCCUGAUUUUUUUUUUUUUUUUUUUUUUUGUAUUUAAAAUCGUACCAUGCAUCUGUAAAUAAUUCGACACUCAAAUACAAAAGAAACUUCACGAUCA